AGACAGUUCUCCUAAAUACUGUCAUACCCGUUAACUUCCUUGUCUGACAGCACGUCUAUCUGCCUACACGGAGAAAAGCACCAUCUUGUUAGCGAGUAUGGACUGGUGUGUGCUUUCACUUCUGCUCCUUAUGCUGGGCAAACAUGGGCUGUGUCAGCAAGAGGAAGUUUGCUCAAAGUCAUCGAUCACGUCGUGUAAGGACUGCAUCACAUCUGGGCCGUUCUGUUCAUGGUGUAAGCAGCUGAAUUUUACCAAAGCUGGAGAACAGGAAGCAGUCCGCUGUGACACUCGAGCAAAGCUGAUGGCAAGAGGCUGCAUGAGAGAAGAGAUUAUUUCUCCUCAAAACACCCAGGAGAUUAAGCAACAAGACCCUUUAUCCCAAUCGUUUGACAAUACAGAACCUGUCCAAAUGACUCCACAAAAAAUCAACCUGAAACUGCGACCUGGGCUUCCACACAAAUUCAAUGUGUCCUUUAAGAGGGCUGAAGGUUACCCUGUGGAUCUUUACUACUUGAUGGAUCUCUCCUACUCCAUGAAGGACGAUCUGGCUAAUGUAAAAAGACUGGGAGGAAAUCUUUUUGAUGCUUUGAAUAAAAUUACUAAACAUGCUAAUAUAGGAUUUGGGGCCUUUGUUGAUAAAACCGUCCUUCCUUACACCAACACCAACAAGGAGAAACUUGCGAAACCAUGUGAUGAAAGUGAGACUCAAUGUCAGGCUGCCUUUGGCUACAGACAUGUGCUCAGUAUGACACCGAGUCGGGACUCGUUCACACAGAAGGUGGCACAGCAGUACAUCUCUGGGAACUUGGACUCUCCUGAAGGAAGCCUUGAUGCCAUGAUGCAGGCUGCUGUUUGCGGGGAUAAAAUAGGCUGGAGGAAUAGCAGCACUCGGUUAAUUGUACUCGCCACGGAUGCUGGAUUCCACAUGGCUGGGGACGGAAAACUAGCUGGCAUUCUCGAACCCAAUGAUGAACUGUGCCACAUGACAGGCAACCUGUAUGAAAAAAGUAAUGACAUGGACUACCCGUCUGUUGGACAAUUAGCUACGCAGCUGGAAAAAAACAAUAUUCAGCCAAUAUUCGCUGUAACAGAAAACGUGAAGAAUGUUUACAUGGAACUCACUAAAAUGAUUCCAAAGUCAGUGGUGGGAGUCUUAUCAUCAGAUUCAAAUAAUGUUGUUCAGCUAAUUGAAAGUGCCUACAAUAACUUGACAUCUAAAGUCACAGUGACUCAUGACAUUCUUCCUGACAAAGUAAGAGUUGAGUACUUGGCACUGUGUGAACACCGAAUAAAUGACAGCCCCAGUAAAGGCGUCUGCGAUCAAGUGCAAGCAGAACAAGAGAUAUCUUUUGAGGUUACUGUGACUGUGGACAAAUGUAUAGAGGAAAAGUCCUUCACCAUCAGCCCACUGGGAAUUAAAGACAAACUGACGGUAACCAUUUCUACCAACUGUGAGUGCCAAUGUAAUGACCCCACAGGCAACAAUCAUCUUCACUGUAACAGUACAGGAAGCAUCACCUGUGGUAUUUGCAAAUGCAACCAAGGUUUUGUGGGUCAGUUCUGCAACUGUGCUGUUGGGAAUAAAGAUGAAGCCUCUCUUCGAGCAGCUUGUCGGAGGCAGAAUGGGACAGAGUGUGAGGGUCGAGGAGAUUGUGUGUGUGGCAGAUGCCAGUGCCACACUACAGAGCAAGGAAGCUCUUACCAUGGACCCUACUGCGAGUGUGAUGAUGAACACUGUGAGAAGUAUGAGAACAAGCUGUGUGCAGGACAUGGUAAAUGCAACUGUGGAAAGUGCCAAUGCGAAACAGGUUACCAAGGCAGUGCUUGUCAGUGCAAGAUUUCUGAGGAUGGCUGUCGUACACCAGACGACUCUGUUUGCUAUGGCAGAGGGAAAUGCAUAUGUAACCAAUGUGUAUGCAUAGAUGGAUAUCAGGGUCCACACUGCAAGGAAUGCAGUGGCUGUCCUUCUGUAUGCCUGACGAAACUGAGUUGCAUUAGCUGCCUUUCCUUGAGUAAUUCGAAAGAGAAUUGCAACAAUGUUUGCAACAAUACCAUUUCAAAAUAUGAGAAGGUUGAAAAAUUCAACUUGCAGACCAAAGAAUGCCACCAGAAGGACAGUGAGGGAUGCUGGAUCAAAUUCAAGCUGGAGCAGUUAACUGGAGAGGAUUAUUACAAUGCUGAAAUUCUGACAAAGAGAGAAUGCCCUGAACCACCCAACGUCAUAGCUAUCAUAGGAGGUUCCCUUGCAGCUGUGGCUGUAAUUGGGAUUCUGUUGCUGAUGCUGGUCAAGUUACUGAUCCACAUGAAGGACGUGAAGGAGUUCAAGAAAUUUGAGAAUGAAAAGAAGAAAUCCAAGUGGGCAAAUGCUGACAAUCCGCUGUUCCAGAAUCCCACCACUACCGUGGCCAACCCUCUGUUUACUGGAGAGUGAAGACCCUCUGCUUCAUAUUGACAUUUAUUCAAAGCUUUGCUUGAAACAUAUAAUGCUUUCAGUGCUUUCAUUUAUUUGAUUUAUGUGAUUUUAUGAUUAUGUUGUAUUAAAAUCUACUUAACUUUGUAAAAUAUGUAUGUUUGAGGAUGGAGUACAGUUGGUUUGAGGAGCUCAUAUAAACCUUGCUAAUAUUAUAACAUCUAUUAGUUUAAAAUGAAAUUUUCUGCCGUUUCUGGAGACUUUUACAGUUUAUCAACUGUAACAACAGUUUGGAGAAUUGUACCAUUUAUUUUCAUGAAACUGCAAAGUCUUAGUACAAAUAAACUCAUCAGAAUAUGACCACUUGCCUUGAA